UCGCCAGUCGUCUUCCAAACCAGCAUGGAGGACUCGAGGCUUCGAGUUGGAUGGAUGAUGUCUGGACCCCAAUUUCGGAUUCAAGGGAGACAGGUUGGGUUCACUCUUUUGCCGAUAUUGGGAAUAAGAAAAGCUCAAAUUUUGGGCUUUAUGAUCAUGAUGAUGCAGCUGGCGUAGCGCCGGUACUCUGACACGCGGUACCGUACCUGCUGCUCAUGACACAUCGCAGCCGCAGGCAACGCUGCAUGACUGAAGAUGAAGGAAGCAACAUAGGUCUACUAGGUCUAGUCAUCAAAGAAGCUGCGAUCCAUCCCAAACUCGGCUCGGCCUCCAAAUGGAAAGGAUUCCGAUGGUCUUGCCCUGAAGUCUCACUGUGUAAGAUUCAAUUUCACAACGAAGUCCGGCUCAUCCAUUGUUCCAAAUGAUGGUGUUCUGUUCAUCAUUCUUGGUACAUAUGUACUAAAUUAUAUGUACGGAAGAAACAAACAUCAAUCUGCACAGGGGAAGAUGAAAGCCCAAAGGCAGGAAGAACAGCAGAGUGAUCAUCCAGGAACCACCAAACGAAGACGUAAGAUCCAAGGUUCAAGAAAAAAAGGAUGCCCUGCUCAGAUCAUCAUGAAGGAAGUCCUUAGAUUUCCUCAAUUUCAGUUGAAUAAAGAAGAAGCUAGUAGCCCGUAUGCCCGAGGUGUGAAGAGUCGUGAGGUACGAGAGGCAAUAAGAAGUAGCACACAGUUAGUGACUGAACAUCGAAUCUACAUCUCUGUGCCUAAAGAUGAAGAUCACAAGAAUAAACAUCCUAUUGGAAUGCUCACCAGGUUUCUUAAUCCUCUAAAUAAGGAUCUCAUAACUAAAGUUCAAGAACUGGUUGGCCAUGGUGUGACCAAUGUGAAGGAGAUGAAGCGGCACCUGAAAGUCUUUGUUGACACCAUUCUCUUCCCAAACCCAAAGUCUAGAUCAACUUCAAAUGAUAUGGCUUACUAUCCAAGUGACCUAUGUGUUCGUAACCACAUCUAUGCUGCCCGCAUGAAACUAAGUAUGAAAGCAGAUAUUCUGAAGGAUAGACUAGAGGAAUCAGAGAUGCUUAUGAAAGAGAUGUCUCUGAGUUGGGAAGAGAAACUUGUCAACACAGAAAGAAUAUACAAAGAGAGGCAAGCAGCACUAGAACAGAUGGGUAUCUCGGUGCAGACAUCAGGGAUCAAAGAAGAGAGGAAUAAAUGUUUCCUGGUCAAUCUCAAUGCUGACCCUUCACUCAAUGAACUGCUUGUCUACUACCUCAAGGAUCACAAUGUAGCUGGGAGGGCUGAUGAGGAGACACAAACAGAUAUCCAGCUAAAUGGGCUUGGUAUCAUGCCUAGACAUUGUACCAUUGAUGUACAUGUAGAGAAUGACAUAGAUGUCUACAUCUCACCAUGUGAAAAUGCAAAGGUAGAUGUCAAUGGAAGUGCUGUGACAAGUAAGACAUCGUUGAGGCAUGGAGACAGGAUACUUCUAGGCAACUAUCAUUUCUUAAGGAUAAACUGUCCAAGAGCUCCUGGAGUUGGAUCAAGUGGAACAACAACCCCUGAGCCUGUGGCCCAGCCAGUGACAGAAAGCUUUGACUUUGAUUAUGCACAGAAUGAAGUCAUGAUGCAAGAACUACACAAUGACCCUGUACAAGCUGCCAUGAAGCUCAUAGAAGUCCAGCACCAGAAGGACAAAGAUGGCGCCCUUUUCAAGCAGCGGGAGGCUUACGAGCAGGAGCUGGCCGCACUGAAGCAACAGCUGGUUCCCAAGAACUCCUCAGGUCACCACCAACCCAACAGCAGACAGGAGGAUAGGAGGAUAGAAGAUGAAGGUACCCAGAGCCAGAGCGGUGAUGGGUCAUCGUUAGGGAUAGGGUCGUCGCUAGGGGUGGAGCCUUAUGAGGAAUGGAGCGAAGACAGGGAUGAUAUGUUCAGACAGAGUCUUGCCAAGCUGAGAGAAGACGUUGUCAAGGCAAACGCCCUGAUCAGAGAGGCCAACUUCCUGGGGGAGGAAAUGGGCAAACAGACAGAGUUCAGAGUCACACUACAGAUACCUGUCUGUAACCUUACUCCAAAUAGAAAGAGAGGAGCCAUAGUGAGUGAGCUGGCCAUUCAGGUGAACCGUAAGGACAGAGGGACACAGAUCUGGUCUGUGGAGAAGCUCGAGAAUAAGAUCAUUGAUAUGCGUGACAUGUACAACGAUAGGAAAGACGAAGGCAUUCCUCUAAAGGAUGAAGAAUCUGAAUCACUUCGCAAGCUCUCCUUCUUUGAGUCACAGGACUCACUUGCGUCUCCAAUGUCUCUUCUACCAUUGACAUUACCACUGUUCAAGGUUUGAAAUCCAGUCUUACAUCCAUGUCUUUUCUGCAUGUUAUGUUGCCUGUGUACACUGUAUCAUGCAUUUGUAGAGAGUUGAGAGUAAAGAUAUUAUUGAUUUUGGGAAAUGUCUGAAGGUUAGAAACACAGUAGAUUACACAGAAGAGCAGUACAGAUUGUUGCUUAUCAGAUAUGAAGAGAAAAUCUAGAAAGAAGAGAAAGUUUGUAAGUGGAGGAAAAUAAAAGGGAGAAAAAUUUGAAAUGGGGCCAGGGAAAGAAGAAAAAGAAUUGUAAAAAAGGGGGAACAAAUUGAAGGAGACUAUUAAGUAGAAUAGGAAAAGUGUUCCAAUUCAAGAGCAUACACUGUACAUGUAUAUAGAGAAAAGUACGAAGAAUCAUAUUUACUAUUCCAUGAUCUUAAGCUUAUAUUCCAAGGCUUACUUUUACUUUUGAUGAGGUGUUAUAGUAUCAGUUGCAUGAUUGUGUUAAUGUGAAACUGCUUCAUUUCUUUGAAUUAAAAAAAAUAACACUUACUGCUAUUCAACAAGAUACAUGUACCUAUAUAGCCUUGUGAUCCGACAUUUGCUCCUGCAACAUUUGCUCAGGGCAGUAAAGCGGGACGUUUAGAGAGGAUAAUGUACAAGUGUAUUUACUCCUGACUCAGUUUAUUUCAAAUUGACUGAAAGAAUAUGAAGAGGUUCUCAUAUUGAAGCUGUAAAAUAUAAUAAUAAUAACAGUAAAUGCUUAUGAAGCACACUUGUCUAAUAUCUUACUCAAGACGCUAUACUAAACAAAAUACACUUAUCUUUCUCAAGAAUUUAACAACAUAAAAGCAUUAGUAACUCUGAGUAUAAAAUAAAAGCUUUUUAGCAUGUUUCUGAAGGUUUCUAAGCAUGGAAUUUUUUUUGAAGGUCACUUGGCAACUUGUUCCAGAGGAUGGCUUAUUCAAUGGCUUAUAGUCUUUUAAAGAUGUACUAAGUUUAAUAAACCUGGUUUAACAUAGUCCACUGAUUAUGUAGUGCUAUGUGUUAUGCUCUUUAUUUCAUACACAUUUUUUGUUUCUGUAUUAAACACAAUGAGGAAAACAAAUGAAUCCAGUCAUGAAAUGAAAAUGAUAAAUCAAUUUCUCAAUUGUUUCUUCUUGUAGUUACAGAAUUAAGAUUAGUUUAUGGGAUGCAGAGAUUAACAUGUGGCUUUCCAUCAACUAACUACUAUUUUAGUUUUAAAUUAAACAUGGAUGCUUUCAUGAAUGCAGUUUAAUGUACUGUGCAUAUUUCUGUAACUACACAUAUGUACACAACCAUGUGCAUGGAAUUGAAAGACACAUUUAUAGAUAUUGUGAUGUUUGCUGACUUGUAUUUAUUCUGUUCAUGCACAAGGUGUACUAGUCAAAAUCAUGUAGUCAUUUAAUGAUAGCUGUAUGUGUGUUUAUACCAUCAUGUAGAUGACAGGAUUUUGUUCACUUAUUAAUGUAGAAUGCAUGUAAAUCUUUGUAAAACCACUUUUCUUUAUGUAGAAUGAGAUGAACAAGCAAAGAAUAUUUGUUAAUAUCCACAAAAAACACAUAAAAAAAAGAUUAUAUACAAUAUAGAAAACAGAGAACACACACAAAAUGGAAACAUGUCUACAAAUAUACCAGAAUUAUACAAAGUUAAUCAAUGGAAGUGAAUUUGGGAAACUGCAAAUAAAACAGUAAUAUUAUGAAAGGUUUUGAAAAUUUCAGAAGUUAAAUGUGUACCGUAAUAUAUUUCUGAUCUGGCAAUGGCAGGGGCAUAAUUUUCUACUGUACGCAGUCGAGAAUCCAUCUAGUUUUUCUUCAUAUUACCUUUUUGCCAUAUUAAGAUUGCAUCUGUGGGAUUUGUAUUGAGUUAAGAUGAAUAUAUACCUUAAUAAUUAAUACAUCUUGUAUAGAGUGGUAUUCAUGAAUUUAAUAUAAUUAUUUAAAUUUUCAACUACCAUCUAUCUGUAUAUAGAUGCUUGAAUGUUUUGCAGAAAUGCUGGUAAACUUUUCAUUCAUCAAUAUAAAAAAUAAUUCUUAUGUAACUGAAUUUUAAUCAAAAUUUAUACCCUCAAAUCAAUAUUACUAGCACAGCCAACAAGGAUAUAGCAUUGUGGUGACAAAGUGUAAGUUUUGAAGUUUCAUGCCUUCAGCUUUAAUCAAGUUUUGCCGUGCUCUAUAUGGUCUCAUUCUUCUGCAUCAGGUCUUCUGAACUUUGCUUACUUGAAUAAUAAU